AUGAGUCUAUAUCCAGACACUUAUUUUCAAAAUAAAUCUGCUGAACAUAUAAAUAUAAAUAUACCUGAUGAAUCAAUACCUUUAAGUUUAAAAGCUCAGGAAUUAACUUUAGAAGAAUCAAAAACUUAUAUGAGAUGGUAUAGUGAUAUACUUGCAAGAACAAAUAGUCGAACAAUUUCAAUGAAUGAUGUUUUUAAUUUUUUAAAUAAUUUUAAAAUUUCCGAUUUAAUUAAAAAUCAUAUAAAACUGAUCUUUAGUAAAAUUAUGAAUUCAAUUAAUAUUGGAGAAUUUUUUGCUUUAUUAAGAGUUAUAAGUCAUACGUUAUUAGGUGAAGAACCUUCACGAAAAUUAAUUAAAAUUGAAGCACCAGUACCUCAACCUCCGUCAAUAUUAUCAAAAAAGAGAAUAAAUGAAGUAGUAAAAGAAGAUAAAACUCCAUUAGAUAUUGAUAGUUUUACUCAAUUUUUAUUAACGGGUGAAAGACCUUCUGAAAAGAGAAAGAAAUUAAAAUCAGUUAAAUUUUCAGAUCAAAUUGAUAUUCACGAUGCAAGUAAUUUAACUCCUGCAGAAUCUCCACAACCAAUUGAUUAUCUGUUACCAAUGGAUCAAUUAUUAGAUAGGAUUAAAAAACAACCAUCAGAUGAAGAAGAACAAGAAAUACUUAAAGAUAUGGAACCCCAAAUUAAUCAUUUUCAACAUUUACAUAAUGUAGAUACAAUGUCAGUGAAUGGUGUACCUCGGAAUUUUUUACAACCAAAUAUGACUGGACCAAAUCAAAUGUCACAUUUAAUACCAAAUAUGACUGGCCCAAAUCAAAUGUCAACAAUGUUUUCACCAUCACCAGAACCAGCAAAACCUUUAAGACCAAAUGCAACUGGACCAAUAGAUAUGGCAAGAAUAUUUGCUCCUGAUAAUAAUAAUGAAACUCCAAAAACAACGUUACUGGCAUUUUCUUCACAAAUGUCAGGUCCAACUCAAGAAAAUACACUUCAAAAUAGUAAACCACCUAUUCCAAGACAUAGAUCAAUAUCAUCUCCAAUACCGAAUAAAACUCCACCCCCACCUCCACCUCCGAGACGAAGAAUAAAUAAUAAUAAUAAUGAACCAACUCCUCCUCCUUUACCACCAAAAAUUUAUUCAAAUGAAAAUAAUAAUUCUACAGCAAAUAUAUUAGAUGAUUUAAAAGCUUUACAAGAGGAAGUAGAUAAAAUCACAAGUUUAACAAAUGGCUUUUAA